AUGGCAGUCGGGACUCAGACGGGAGACGACAUCAAAAGCACGACCACCAAGCCAAACACGAUAAACGAUUGUCAAUCAGUGCCGGUGACCACCACGUGCGGCCCACAGCGGCCGAGGUCCUCGAUCCGAAAUCCGAUGAUACUGUGGCCAUUCCGCAAGCCGCCGUCCACACCAUGUCCGUCGAUAUCUCUGUCUCCGCCGUCUACACUAUGCCCGUUGCCAAAUCCGUCUCCACCGUCUACACCAUGUCCGUCGCCAUCUCCGUCUCCACCCUCUCCAUCGUGCCCAUCGCCACCUCCAUCUCCACCGUGUACACCGAGCCCGUCGCCACCUCCAUCUCCACCGUGUACACCGAGCCCGUCGCCACCUUCGUCUUCGUUUACAACACCUCCGUCAAAACUUCCUUCAACAACUCUGUCUACAACAUGUCAACCGCCCCUUCCGUCACCGCUUCCGUCUCCACCACCACCACCGUCAACAAGUCCGUCUACGCUUUGUCCGUCUACGCUUUGUCCGUCUACGCUUUGUCCGUCAACAACUCCGCCCACGCUAUGUCCGUCAACAGCUUCGCCUACACUAUGUCCGUCAACAACUCCGCCAACUCCAUGUCCGUCAUCAACUUCCUUAGUCACGACACUACCUCCGUGUACUACUACCAUGGACUGCCCACUGUCAUUUGAUUCCAUUGACGAAGAGCUAAACGAGUCACAGUGGAUGUUACCAAACGUGAAACCACCACCGAUUAGGGUUUGGACAGUAACCAUCACGUCGACCGUCCGCCCGACGACGGCUUCCACCACAUGUCGUCGAUCGUCUAUCGCACGAACAAGACCUUCAAUAUUUGUGCCAAAGGUUGCACGUCGUAACCGUUAUCUAGUAUUUUAA